AUGGCGCGUAACUCGGAAAAGGCACAGAGCAUGCUCUUUCGCUUUCGCGAGUCGCAGGCAGCCGACCUAGGUAUUAUAGAUGUCGGGCGAACCCGUCGCCCCAAGAUGAUCACUGAAGUUACUGCUAUUCCCGCUUGCGAAAAGUGGCGCGGCCAGGUUCUCAAGGAGAUUUCGCGGAAAGUCUCACGGAUUCAGGAGGCCUCCCUUUCGGAUUUUAUGAUCAGAGAUCUUAACGAUGAGAUUAACAAGCUCAUGAGGGAAAAGCAUAUGUGGGAAGUCCAGAUUCGAAAUCUAGGUGGCCCUAACUACAUGCGCGGUGGGGGUAAGGUCUACGAUGAAGAGGGUCGAGAAAUUCCUGGCAGUGGUAAGGGAUAUCGAUACUUUGGGCGGGCCCGAGAACUCCCGGGGGUCAAAGAGAUGUUCGAAGCUGCUGCGAAUUCUCUAAAACCUGAGAAGCCACUGGAAGACCGGCUAGACUUUCGGAGUAAGGUGGACGCUGCAUAUUUUGGCUAUCACUUAGACGAGGAAGAUGGGAGUCUAUUGGAAUACGAAAGAACCAAGGAGCAAGAAGCCUUCAUGAACCUGGCGUCGAAGAAAGACGAUCAAGCGCCCAAGGGAUGGGAACCCUUGCCCGGUGAUACAAAGGAAGGCGAGACUUGGGAUUUGCCUACCAGCGAAGAAGUUCAAGAAGAGCUGCUGGAUAGGAGACGGAAGAAGUUACUCGAUAAGCUCGGAUGA